GGCCUUUCUCCUCCUCAAGUCCCGGUGUAGCAAUCUGCGCCAACCGGACACACAUGUCCAGCACGGUCGAAAAAGUCCUAGGGCGAGCAGAGGAGAUGGCUGAACACCGGGCGUACUUGCAUUGGUUCCAUCGACACGGCAUUGAGGACGACGAUUUUACGGCAGCAUUUGAAGGCCUGCGACGUGUCAAGGAGGAAUAUGAUGAGUUGGGGUCGGGGUCGGACAGGGCGCUUAGAGACAUGUCGGGAAGAAGGCGAAUUCGGGAUUACAGAUAGGUGUGAUGAUUGCGUCUUCCAGAGGCCUUUUUUGAGACCCGCUCAAACAAAGUCAUGGGAUGUCAACAACGUUGUAAAGUCCUUGGCGGGGUUGUCUGUAAAAAGUGGCAGGACGGAGUGGUCGGUCCCCG